AUGACCAAAAAAAGAAGGAACAAUGGUCAUGUCAUAAAGGGCUGUGGCCACGCACAACUUUUUCACUACUGUCUCUAAUGUAUGCCUGAGGACAAAGCCAUUAAGAAGUUCAUCAUUCGAAAAAUAGUAGAGGUUGUGGCCAUUAGGGAUAUUUCCGAAGCAAGUGUUUCCAACACCUAUGUGCUUCCCAAGGUGUAUGUGAAACUACAUCACUGCAUGAAUUGUGCCAUUUACAGCAAGGUAGUCAGAAAUCGUUCUUAUGAAGCCCGGAAGGACCGAACACCUUCACCCCGAUUUAGAUCUGCGAGUGCUGCCCCACGACCUCCACCAAAGCCCAUAUAA